ACUCUUUUCCUGGUGUACGAGUGCCUCCCUGUGGACACUUGCGAACCCCAUGUGCCGAUGCUAUAGCGUAAUACGAACAGCGGGGGGCGGUAGACCUCAAUGCCCAACCACAUUGCUAACCAGUCCACUCGUACACAUAAAAGGACUAGGAAACCUAGCUAGCUUGCUAUAAAACAUUUAAAACAAGGGGAGGAAACGAAUAAGGAAAACAAAGGACUUUAUAAUCCAACGGGACAUAGCUACAUUUCCGUUAGCUGUUCAAGCACAUCGGUGGAGAGUGAAAAGAUCGAGUUUGUAGGACUGUGCACUCGCUGCUUGGUCGACCACGGUAACUCACCACCAUGCCGUUCCCCUUUGGCAAGUCCCACAAGUCGCCAGCGGACAUCGUCAAGAACCUGAAGGACAACAUGACGGUGUUGGAGAAACACGACAUCUCUGACAAGAAGGCUGAGAAGGCCACAGAGGAGGUGUCUAAGAGCCUGGUUGCGAUGAAGGAGAUUCUGUAUGGCACUAAUGAGAAGGAGCCCCAGACAGAGGCGGUGGCCCAGCUGGCCCAGGAGCUCUAUAACAGCGGCCUGCUCAGCACCCUCGUAUCUGACCUGCAGCUCAUCGACUUUGAGGGUAAGAAGGAUGUGGCUCAGAUCUUCAACAACAUUCUGAGACGUCAGAUCGGGACACGGACGCCCACAGUGGAGUACCUCUGCACUCAGCAGAACAUCCUCUUCAUGCUGCUCAAAGGGUACGAGUCUCCAGAGAUCGCUCUGAACUGUGGCAUCAUGCUGAGGGAGUGUAUCAGGCACGAGCCACUGGCCAAGAUCACCCUGGGGGCCGAGCAGUUCUACGACUUCUUCAGAUACGUGGAGAUGUCCACGUUCGACAUCGCUUCAGACGCAUUUGCAACUUUUAAAGACUUGCUAACAAGACACAAGAUUCUGAGUGCAGAGUUCCUGGAGCAGCAUUAUGACAGGUUCUUCAGUGAAUAUGAGAAGUUACUCCACUCAGAGAACUACGUGACUAAAAGGCAGUCCCUCAAGUUGUUGGGAGAGCUUCUUCUCGAUCGACACAAUUUCACCAUCAUGACGAAAUACAUCAGCAAGCCAGAGAACCUCAAGCUAAUGAUGAACCUUCUUCGGGACAAAAGCCGCAACAUCCAGUUUGAGGCCUUCCACGUCUUCAAGGUGUUUGUGGCCAACCCCAACAAGACACAGCCCAUCUUGGACAUUCUUCUGAAGAACCAGACCAAACUCAUCGAGUUCCUCUCCAAGUUCCAGAACGACAGGACGGAGGACGAACAGUUCAACGAUGAAAAGACGUAUCUGGUCAAACAGAUCAAAGAUCUGAAGAGGCCAGCUCCCCAGGAGGCCUGAGGGAGGGGCUUAAGGUGUCCAGACAACAUCUGGAUAACAGACUUGUCAGCAGCUGCUGCUGUUCUAGUUUUUCCACUAUUUGAGGAAACGAAUCGGAAAAAAAAUAACGCACCCACAUCAAGUCAUCAGGAAUUCUCCAGCUCAUUCUGCUGUUCAACACAACGGACAUUAGAUGUUUUUAUUUUUUAUUUUAUUUUUCUCCUUUAAAAAGAAGAGCUGAACAUAAUAGAUGCUGCACAUUAAGACAUGUGGAAGGAUAACAUCAACACAACAAAGGUCAUUUAAGCAAAUGGUAACAAUGAAAUCUACUACAUUUGAGCGCUAUGCAGACUUCUGACGCACACACAUAUGCUAUAAUAUCAGCAUAAACCUUGAGAUGGCAAGGUACUAGCAAAGUGAACAUUGGGGUGUUGGUUGCAUGCCUUGUUCAAAUGUGACAGAUACAUGGCUGUGCUUGGGGCUAAACGCUGGCUGAGAGAUUACAUUUCCAGUCUUGCCCUGUCUACUUAGUGCCACAGAUGGCAAAAAGCACAUACCAGCUACAACUCUUAUCUAUGCCUUCAUCAUGUGCAACAGUGAUUCAUUUUAAAAUGGGCUCUCAAAUGGCCUCACCGAACCAUGCAGCUAUUGGUGUUGUGAAACAGCACAAAGCAGAUGGUAUGGAUAAAAUGCUAGAUAUUAUUUCGGUACAUGCCUGAAUUGGGUUUCUUUUUUUUGUUCUGGGAAAGGGUGAACGUGUACAUAUGCCAUUAGUGUUUUUUUGCUUUGUCGAUUUUGUUGAAACGUUGACACAUGGCUAUACAGUACUAGUCAAAAAAAAUUUAACGUUGUAGAAUAAUAGUGAAGACAAAUUAUGAAAUCACAUAUGGAAUCAUGCAGUAACCAAAAAAGUUUUACUUUUAGAUUCUUCAAAGUAGCCACCCUUUGCCUUGACAGCUUUACACACUCUUGGCAUUCUCUCAACCAGCUUCACCUGGAAUGCUUUUCCAACAGUCUUGAAGGAGUUCCCACAUGCUGAGCACUUGUUGGCUGCAUUUUGCUCAUUCUGUGGUCCAACUCUUCCUACCCAUCUCAAUUGGGUUGAGGUUGGGUGAUUGUGGAGGCCAGGUCAUCUGAAGCAGCACUCCAUCACUCUCCUUGGUCAAAUACCCUUACACAGCCUGGAGGUGUGUUGGGUCAUUGUUCUGUUGAAAAACAAAUGAUAGUCCCCCUAAGCGUGAACCAGAUGGGAAGGCGUAUCACUGUAGAAUGCUGUGGUAGCCAUGCUGAUUUAAGUGUGCCUUGAAUUCUAAGUAAAUAACUGACAGUGUCGUCAGCAAAGCACCCCCACACCACCUCCUCCAUGAGUCACGGUGGGAACCACACAUGUGGAGAUUAUCCGUUCACCUACUCUGCGUCUCACAAAGUCAUGGCGGUUGGAACCAAACAUCUUUAAUAUGUACUCAGACCAAAUGACAGAUUUCCACCGGUUUAAUGUCCAUUGCUUGUGUUUCUUGGCCCAAGAAAGUCUCUUUCUUAUUGGUGACCUUUAGUGGUUUCUUUGCAGCAAUUCAACCACGAAGGCCUGAUUCACGCAUCCCCUCUGAACAGUUGAUGUUGAUGUGUCAGUGUUACUUGAACUCUGACACAUUUAUUUGGGCUGCAAUUUCUGAGGCUGGGAACUCUAAUGAUCUUAUCCUCUCCUGCAGAGGUAACUGCAUCUUCCUUUCGUGUGAUGGUCCUCGUGAGAGACAGUUUCAUCAUUAGUGCUUGAUGGGUUUUGCUACUGCACUUGAAGAAACUUUCUAGUUUUUUUUUAUUUUUAUUCUCCGUAUUGUCUGACCUAAAUGUCUUUUUAAAGUAAUGGACUGUCAUUUCUCUGCUUAUUUGAGGUGUUCUUGCCAUGAUAUGGACAUGGUCUUUUACCGAAUAGGGUUAGGGUUCUGUAUCUUCUGUGUACCACCCCACCAUGUCAUAACAGAACUGAUUGGCUAAAAUGCAAUAAGGAAAUUCAAAAAAAAAAAAGGUGAUGACCUCAUGAAGCUGGUUGAGUGUGCAAAGCUGUCAAGGCCAAUGGUGGCUACUUUGAAGAAUCUCAAAUAUAUAUUAAUUUGUGUAACAUUUUUGGUUACUACCGGUACAUGAUUACAUGUGUUAUUUCAUAGUUUUGAUGUCUUCACUAUUAUUCUACAAUGUAGAAAACAGUCAAACUAAAGUGAACCCCUUGAAUGAAUAGCUGUUAACUUUUGACUGGUACUGUGUAUAUAUAUUUGACUUUAAAACAACAGUUUUUUUUUUUGUUACUUCUAAUCAAGUACAUUUUUAAAACAGUGACACGUAAAAUCAGACAUUAUGCGUUUCAUUUUACUGAACUGAAAUGGUUUUAUUUGUACAUAACUUCCAGCCAGGGCCAGCUCUUACAUUGUUAACCAUUAAUAAUAAUUAGUACAGCUGAGGAAUGUCAUGGUAUUAGCCUAGAUCUCUUCUUAAUCCUCUGUUUCCGUCUGUAUUUAAGUAACUCAGUUAAAAUGUGCUGGGUGCCAGGACAUCGGGGUGGAAGGGAAGAGUUCUAAUGGAAACAUGAAAUUUGUGCUGAGCAGCCAGCCAAUGGUCACGUUGCAUGCAUCAGCCAAUGGUCACGUUGCAUGCAUCAGCCAAUGGUCACGUUGCAUGCAUCAGCCAAUGGUCACGUUGCAUGCAUCAGCCAAUGGUCACGUUGCAUGCAUCAGCCAAUGGUCACGUUGCAUGCAUCAGCCAAUGGUCACGUUGCAUGCAUCAGCCAAUGGUCACGUUGCAUGCAUCAGCCAAUGGUCACGUUGCAUGCAUCAGCCAAUGGUCACGUUGCAUGCAUCAGCCAAUGGUCACGUUGCAUGCAUCAGCCAAUGGUCACGUUGCAUGCAUCAGCCAAUGGUCACGUUGCAUGCAUCAGCCAAUGGUCACGUUGCAUGCAUCAGCCAAUGGUCACGUUGCAUGCAUCAGCCAAUGGUCACGUUGCAUGCAUCAGCCAAUGGUCACGUUGCAUGCAUCAGCCAAUGGUCACGUUGCAUGCAUCAGCCAAUGGUCACGUUGCAUGCAUCAGCCAAUGGUCACGUUGCAUGCAUCAGCCAAUGGUCACGUUGCAUGCAUCAGCCAAUGGUCACGUUGCAUGCAUCAGCCAAUGGUCACGUUGCAUGCAUCAGCCAAUGGUCACGUUGCAUGCAUCAGCCAAUGGUUGUGUGCUAUGUCAUCAACUGUCAUUGACUGACAGAUUGCUAUAACAUGAUGGGGUUAGCUGAUAUGUAAAAUAUCUAUCCAGGCGUUAAAGAUCUGGCAGGCUUCAGCAACGCUUGGGCAGAGGAACACACCCUUCAUCUCCCAACUGGAAUCUGUUCUGGGUGUUUGUGCGGAUUUCAGGGAAUCGCAACAUUCUCCCCCCCACUCAUCCAUUCUGGUUUAUUAUUAUACUCUAACUUCACCGCUUUCUGGUGGUGUCUGGGUGUUGCAACACUCUGAUUUCAUCUCCCCCCCCCCCCCCCCCCCAUUUCAUGGGGGUUAAAAUUCCAGUACAAUCCCAGAGCAUUGUGUAUGUUAUUUGGAGAUUGUUUAAUUUAACACUGACUGAGCAAAUCUGCCAUUUGAAGCACAGUAUUUAUUUGAGGGAUGGAGUUGAUUGGGUGAUAUGAAAAUCUUGCAUAUAUAUCACUCAACAUACAUGUUUAAUUGCAGUGAAGGAUAUGGUCAGAGUGUUGUUGAGCCGAGUGCUUUUGACUGAACGCUCAUCCAUCUAUUCCAAUAGACAACUGAUCAGCCAUUUCAUUGUGCAAACCAACAGAGAACGGUACGCUAAAGACCAGUAUUCCUCAAUGCAUAUUUAAAUAGCAUGUUCCUCUACUGGCUGCAUGGUACUCUACAUACAAUGUUGUGCUGGAAUUUUCUUCCAAAUAAAUAAUUAACAUUUGAGAAUAGCCAAAUAAUCUCAUGCUAUCUUUGACUCCAGUCCCAGCACAUUGUGUAUGGCUGCUUUCAGAAGUGUCAAAGGCUCUACAAUCUAAACAACAGAAAUAAAGGAAACACAUUUGGAAUAAAUUAAA